AGUACUGCUACUAUAUACGGAGUCCUGCUGUGAUAUUAUCCUGGUUAUAUACAGAAUGAUUGCGUGUUAUUGAGAUCUUAGUCCCGUUCCCCCUCCCUCUACUCUGACACACACACUCUCUCUCUCUUCUCACCCGCCAAUAUCCUAUCCUCCUACACUCCCGGGAAGUCAGUUCUUCUGGCUGACAUUUUUUUUCUUUUCUUUUUCCUUCUCUAUAUUUGAUUUUUGUUAUUAUUAUCUUUAUUUUAACAACGCAAGAUGUCCUUGUUAUCCAUGCAAAGUGGUUUCAUUCUCCCUCAACAACAACAACAACAACAACAACAACAAGAAGACCGUCGCGACUCCAAUACCACCUCCACCACAACAGACGACGCCUUUUCUCAUCGCACCAGUAUCAGUACCGAUGAUGACUCUCCUCGUUCCUGGGAUGGUGAAACCUCUCCUCCUCCAAGCACAACAACGACGGCUCCCCCUGUCAGCGCGCCAUCCCAGUCGGUAGUCGAAUACACCCCCACCGCUGCGGCAAAACCUUUUACCUUUGGUCUGAUCGCUGCCCAUCACCACCAUCAGCUGAACCAACAAAUACACCACCACCGCCAACAACAACAAAUUCAGCCUCACCAGUCGCACAUCUUCGAUCUCGAUCCUUCUUCCUCCAUGGAUGCUGUGAUUCCCAAGAUUGAAGAAGUCGACGAGGUGGAUGUCUCUCACCACACCGCUCCAACCACCAACUCUUCGCUGACUACGCAUCAACCACCGGGCGCUCCCGUUCAUGUUCCACGGAAACGGGGUCGUCCUCGCAAACAUCCUCUGCCAGUGCCGGGUGGGCAGGUCAAGAUCACAAAAGGUCGUUCCAAGACAGGUUGUGUCACUUGCAGGCGACGCAAGAAGAAAUGCGAUGAGACCAAACCAGCGUGUUUGAAUUGUCAGAAGAAUGCUGUCGUCUGCGAAGGGUAUCCUCCCAAGGAGAUUUGGAAGAGUGGGAGACAAAAAUUGGAGGAUGCCGCCCGGGUCCAUUCCAACUCAUUCAUUCCUCGUGGUCUCCCAAUCCUUAUCGAUGGUGUCGAAACCGAAAUCGAUCGUCGCUUCCUCGAUCACUUCGUCUUUGGGUUCAGUCGCGUUCUGACCCUCAUCAACGAUGAUUCCAAUCCCUUCAAAGAAAUCCUCCUCCCCAUGGCCACACAACAUCGCGGUCUCAUGCAUUCGCUCAUGUGUCUCGCCGGUUCGCAUUUGUCUGUUCUCGACCCUGAGCCGAUGCUGAAGGAGCGCAAAUACUACCAUUUCCAUCGAGCGAUUCGCGACCUGAAAGACAACAUCACAGCCUCAUCCAAAGCGAGAGCAUCAUCAUCCGAGGGCGAAUCUGAUCUCCUGGUCGAGGAUCCCAUCAUUGCGUCCACCAUUGCGCUCAGUUUGAAUACCAUUUGUGAAGGAGAGACCAAUGGCGAGUACCGACCGCACAUGGACGCCGCCCGAUACCUACUGGUGACACAACGACCGCGCAACGAGAAGUUCCGGCAAUUCAUCGUCGAAUUCUUCCAGUACCAUGAUGUCUCGAAUGCCAUCACCUCCCUGGACCGACGGCCAGCCCAUCUGAAUGGCGAUUUGCGACUGCCCGACUUUGUUCCUCAUGCGCAGGCGGGGAUGUUCCUGGGUGUGUUUGAUGGCUUGUUCAACUACAUCUCCGAGGUCACGCGGUUACGGGACCGGAUUCGGCAGCGACACCAGGAAGGCUACGAGCCUGCCGUCGACUAUGAAAUCCUGAGCGACGCCGUUUCGAUCGACUCGGCCAUCCGCGUUUGGGAGACCUCGCAUAUCCCCGACACGGCCAACUGGUACCUGGCACAGCUGUAUCGACAAUCGACAUGGGUGUACCUCUAUCGAACGAUCCGGCCUUCACGACCAAGCGACAAAAUAGCGCAGGUGGUCGAUGAUGGUUUGGCCUACUUGGACCAGUUGCCGCAAGAUGCUGGAGCAUACAGUAUUGUGCUGAUGCCACUGUUCCUGUUGGGAUGCUCCGCGUUCGUCCCACAUCAACGCGAACGGAUCAAGAAUGGAUUCGAUACUCUCAAAGCCUACUCCAACCUCCGCAAUAUCGAUCAGGCCUUGCUGGUAGUCCAGCGAGUGUGGGGGGUGAUGGACACCAACAUCGACGAGAGUUGGGACUGGGAGAAGAUCAUCAAGGAUAUGAAUAUGGAUUUCCUCAUCACUUGAUCUUCACUUGUCCCAUCUUUUUUAUUUCUAUUUUAUAUAUUUUCCUCUUUUAUUACCCAUUUACUUGCAUUUAUUUUGAUUGAUUCCUUGAUUCCCCUUUGCAUGUCAUGUUCUAUGUUUGUAUGAUAUUGUCUUUGAUUUUCUUGCUUCUCUUCUACAUCAUCACUUUUUUAUAUCCCCUUUUAGCACAUGGUAUCAGGCGUUGCAAUUUCGGUUGGCAGGACUGGAGGCAGGCAACGGGAACCAGGACCUGAGAAAACAGGAUAUCUUUUUGACAUGGCGUCUUAACGUGU